AUGGGAUUACAUAAGCGUCCGCGCGUUGCUUGCAGUGCAGCCGCUCCCAUCCUCUCUGGCAGUGCACAGGACAGCUCGUCGUUUACCCCGAAAUCUUAUCAUUUGCAACAGGAUUGCGAUUUGCCAUCUGCUGGAUGGUGUAGAGUCAACUUGGGCAUAGGACAGUCAUUUGUGCAAGGAUCAAAGUCUGUCCGCGUUCUUUUUGCCUUGAUCAAACCACGACCUUGCCUUUUACCUGCAGCAUGGAUAACCAUGAUACCAACAAGACUUCUCAUCGUUCCACACCCCUACCACCGUCCUCUAACGUAACCGCCAGUAGUGGUGCAAACGUACUAGGUACGGUCGCACCGGGUCAUUUCUACGGUCAGAAGAACCCUCCUCCGCCUCUCCCAUCUCGUCCAAAAAAUCUCGGAUCAUCCCAUACAAAGGUCAUUCGACCCAGCACUCCUCCUCCUGACUAUAGCGCUCCAGGAAAUAGCCCGUUUCGUGAGCCCCAACUCGUCGAAGAGGCACCAAUAAUCGAGGAUCCCGUCCCAGCUCUCUUGCCUGCAGCGGAAACCACCUUUAACUCGUGGACCAACGGAACGAGUAGCGAUUGGAGUACUGGGAAGGCAUGGGAAGAUGAUGCAUGGAAUGCACAAUCCACGUCCUGGGACUCUGGUGCCACCUGGGCGCAGCACUACGACCCAGGAGGUUAUACCAUCUCAGCCUCCAAGUUAGUCGAUAUCGAUGGCAGGGAUCCACAAGAGGAGGAAAAUUGGUGGGAUUUAUCCGUACGGGAAAGGUGCAAACGACCGGGUCCUGGUGUUCUUCCCCCAUAUCUCGCUGAGAUGCUACAUAACCCCGAACACUCUUUGUAUUCAGUGAGCGUGAUCACACCGGAUAUCAGGCCGGAUGUUUCUACUUCCAGAGAUGGGGGCGAUACGGGUUUUAAUUUGGAACCGCCCUCCAAGGAUGACCUUAUUCAUGCUGUUCCACAUCCCAAUGUUUAUUAUUGCCGGAAACAUUAUGGGUGGGUUUUAUUACAGUGGAAGUCAUCUACAAUACUGCCUCCCCUCGCAAAGUCAUUCGCCCCCGAUCCACUUGCCCCGCUCCCAGAUCUCGCGCAUCGUAGACGGACUGUCUCCUGCGUGGGAGAUGCUGAGCAACCCUUCGGACCCGCAAACAAGACCCAUCACUUCCACUAUUACGAAAAAGCUGUAGAUGCUCACAAGCUCGAUCCCGCAUUCCGUCGGGCGGGAUGGGAGCAAGCUGAUCUGAAGAAAGAGAGGAGACGCAAGAUAACAUCGUUGAAUCUUGCGGAGUUCUCCGUCGACAAAAUGCGGGAAGACGCCGUGGUCGAGGAUGAGGAAGAAGAGGAGGGAGAUUUGCUCGAUCUUUAUGUCUGCUGUCAAUGCUCGGUGUAUUGCGUCGUUUCUGACGUGAUCCCCGGUGUCAUACCAAUGAAGUUUUUGGAGGAAUGUACACGUGAUAGGUGGGAUAACCCACCUCCAAACAAAAACAGGGAGGAGUCGGUUGUCUCAGCAUUGGAGACUUUUCUUCUCAUCGUCGAGAACAAGUUAUGGAAGGGCGAAAAUCGAUCCUUACCGGUGCAUCGGAGGGUUUUCCAACAGAAAAUCGGGUGGACGCCCACUGUUCGUCACAUAUUUGAGCGCCUAGGCUUUGUGCUCACCGAAAAUGAGAAUACGCAAACGGGUGCCAAGGAUGAGACCAUGAUGCCUCCCAACACCGAUCCCACCACGCUUCAGGGUAGAGACAGCCGUAGGAAGCUUCUGAGGUUCUGGGUAGAGACCACCAACAUGCUUAAGAACUACACUUUUCAGCGUCUGUGGGUAAAGACGGAUCCAGCCCGUGAGAUGUACCAAAUGGGCAUUGGAGCACACCCAAAUCAAAUUCCCCGAUUGUCGUCACUAUCAACGAUGCUUGAGUUCGAGCCUGUCCAACGUGCAUUGAGGGGGCUUGGCAUGACGCCGACUACGUAUACGCCAGAGCUGCUGAUGUUCGCAUAUAUGGCACAAUGCAGAUGUGACCCUGCUCAAACGCCAUUAUACUUUUCCCAGUUUUUCACCGUCGUGCAAGCCAUGCAAGAAUUUGGAGAAAUUCCCCCACAAGAUGUCCAAAAUUUAGUUUUCGAAGAACGCUCAAGAAAUCGGUAUACUGAAGAUGAUCUUAGGAAUGCCGUCGGCGUUUUAGGAUUCGGAAAGGACGGUCCACUCCGUGUGGAGUUGGAUGCCGACGUCGAUGACGAUUUCAUUGCUGAGGCUUGGAAAGACUGUGUUCGGAGAGCCUGGAGAGACGCUAAGAAUGGCAUUCAACGCCAGAGGGAUGCCAAUGAGGCCUUCAGAAUUGUUGCAGAAUCGCGGGGUAGCACAAAACUCAGAAAGAUGUGGGAAGAUUCGUCGAAGAAUGCUAUGGAUCCCAACCGUGCCUACACCAUCUUGGAGGUUCCUCCUGAGACUGACGAGUCUAUGUUGAUGACAGUGUAUAUGAUGAGGGUGGAGGAACAACCCCACCAGUCUGAUCGGAUGAGAGACGCGUUGGCGACCAUCGCGGAAGCUCGAGAUAGUUAUCGGAUACGAAAAUUUUUAGAAACUGGCCAGGAUCCGGGCGAUAUGCUACCACCAACACGUGCUGAUCUUCCCAGAGGGUUGAACCAGUUGGGCAAUACCUGUUAUUUGAAUUCCUUACUACAGUACUUCUACACCAUCAAAGACUUGCGUAACGCCAUCACGCCAUUGGCAACUACCAGUGUGAAGUCUGUGGAAGACGAGAAGUAUUCUGAUGACGAUCUCAAGAAGCAUCGGGUUGGUGGAAGGUUGAUAACUCGACGAGAAAUCCUGCGUUCCAGGAAAUUCGUUGGUCAACUUGCGGACCUCUUCUGGCAACUGGAGUAUUGCGAGUCAGCUGCCGUUACUCCUACAAUGGACCUUGCCAAACUCGCACUCGUAACGCCUCGGGACGAGGAAGAUGACGAAGUUGACAAAGGGGGAACGGAUUCUUCGAAUGAUACCGAUGCAACCCUCGUAGAGGACCCACCCUCUCGGCUUGUCAAGUCAGAUUCACCCAACUCUGUUCUAGGGAAGCGUCCCCGGGAAGGCCGAGGGGUCCCCAUGGAAAUCGACGAAGAUGUUCCGGGGACACUGGCGCUUGACGCUGAGAACAACGGGUACGUGAUGGUAUCACAUCCGCCGUCCCCACGAAGAUCGAAGUCCCCUCGCAUUGCUUCGGCGAGUAGUUCGAGCUCCCAGGAUGUGACCCUUAGUUUAGCGGACCGCACGGAGGCCGUGCAGGCCUCCGAGGACACUUCAAAGAAGCCUCCGUUGCCAGCCAGGAAGCCUGCGGCGAAUUCGGAAUCGGUUAUGCUUUUCGGCAAGCAGCAUGAUGUCGCUGAAUGCAUGGACAAUUGCAUGUUCCAGAUUGAGAUUGCGUUGCUCAAGUUUGAUGAUACGAACGACGCACACGACAAAGGUAGCAUUGUCAAAAGGCUUUUCUAUGGAAAACUGCGACAACGCAUCUCCGUGCUGCCAGAUCAGCGUCGGUCCCGGUUGUCUGUCCAUGAGAAACAAGACUUGUUCUCCCAUCUGCCCGUCAACGUCAUCGAUAGUGGGAUUGAUAUCUACGAUGGAUUGAGUAGUUACUUCGAUGACACGGUAGAGUUUGAAGGCUCGAAAGCAAGGAUGGAAGUGUCACUGGUUGAAUUGCCACCACUGCUUCAAAUCCAGUUGCAGCGAGUGCAAUUCAAUCGUGAAACACUACAACCCUACAAAUCUCAAGUAUAUGUGAAAUUUGGAGAGACAAUUUACAUGGACCGGUUCCUAGACACUGCAGACCCGUUGAAAAAGGCGAAGUCAAAGAGCAUACAGGCAGCUCUUAAUUCGUAUAGGGAACGCCUUCGACUCUUGACGGAAGACAAGCAUGCGCCAUUUGGACCCCCGCUGGAGAAUACUCUAAAUUUCCUGUCGAAGCAACAAAGUAUCGAACUUCCACAACUUAACGGUAGCCUGGUGGCUCAGCUCAAUGACGAGCAAACAACACUGAGCGGCGAAGUUGCGGAAGUUAAGGCCGAAAUUGCGAAGCUAAAAGAAGAAUUGGAGGGAGUAUGGAAGCACGACAGGGCAUUCCCUUAUGAGCUCACUUCGGUCUUCAUCCACCGUGGCUCGUCACCGUCCUUUGGGCAUUACUUCUUCUACUCUAGACAUCUACCGGAGAAGCCCGAGAACUGGUUCAAGUACAAUGACUCGGUUGUUACAGAGGUCUCAAAGAACGUAGUGCUGGCAGACACUACCGGUUCGACUGAGAAUCCAUACCUCCUCGUAUUUGCUAGAAAGGGUUCUGAUGUUGUGCAGACUGUGAAGCGGUCUGAUACUAUGAGCUUCGAGGACACUCCCGUAAAUUCGCUUUGA